CCCCCCACACACACAGUCAUCUUCUUUAGUUGAAGAUCUACCUUUGGAUCCAACCAUUUCCCCCAAUGGCUUUGAAGCUCUUCUUAAUCUCCUUCAUUCUAACAUCACUCAUCUUCACAAUGCUAUACAUAUCCACCUACUUAACUUCAUACAACAACAACAACAUCCCAAUACUCCUAAACCAAUCACCACUUUCAACUCUAGUAAUCCCCAAAUCUAUCAACAACACCAGACCAUACCCAGUCUCAUUCGCCUACUUGAUCUCCGCAUCAAAAGGCGACACUUCUAAACUCAAAAGAACCAUCCACGCCCUCUACCAUCCAGCCAACUUGUACCUAAUCCACCUGGAACUCGACGCAACACAUGACGAACAUCAAGACAUUGCAACAUUUGUUUCAGACAAUAAGGUUUUUCAGGUCGUUAGGAAUGUUUUUGUUGUAGGUAAGCCUAAUAGAGUCACGUACAGAGGGCCCACAAUGCUUGCAACCACUUUGCACGCUAUGUCUAUGCUGUUAAGGAUUCACGAUGCCAGCUGGGAUUGGUUUAUUAAUCUUAGUGCUUCUGAUUAUCCUUUAGUUACUCAAGAUGAUCUGAUAUCUGCGUUCUCGGUGAUGCCGAAACAUUUGAAUUUCGUACAGCAUACGAGUCGGUUGGGUUGGAAAUUGAACAAGAGGGGGAAGCCGGUUAUGAUUGAUCCGGGUCUUUAUAGUUCGAAUAAAUCGGAGAUAUGGUGGGCGAUCAAGCAAAGGACUCUGCCUACUGCUUUCAAGUUGUAUACAGGUUCAGCAUGGACUAUAUUAUCAAGAUCAUUUGCAGAAUAUUGCAUAGUCGGUUGGGAAAACUUACCACGAACGCUCCUACUUUACUACACAAAUUUCGUUUCAUCGCCUGAAGGAUACUUUCAGACCGUCAUAUGCAACUCAAAAGACUACAAAAACACCACGGUCAACCAUGAUCUUCAUUACAUUACAUGGGACACACCACCAAAACAACACCCGAGGUUGCUUGGACCCCGAGACUAUAGAAAAAUGGUUCUUAGCAGUCGCCCAUUUGCAAGAAAAUUCAAGCACAACAAUGUGGUUCUUGAUAGAAUUGACCGCGAGCUACUCAAGAGACGUCCUAACCAUUUCACCCAUGGAGGGUGGUGUUCUGCAGGUGCUGGUAAGCAUCAAACGUGCUCGAGUUUGAAUAACAACGGGUUUGGUGUUUUGAAGCCUGGGGCGGGUGGCCGAAGGUUGAGAACAUUGCUAACAAAGUUGACAUCUAGUCCGAAUUUUAGGAAACGUCAAUGUAAAUGAUUUUAUGUAUGAUGAUAAAUAAGUCGCGGCUGGCCGCUCACGAUUUAUAAGAAUAUUCAGCUUGUAGCAUUAGAAUUUCUUGGGGGGAAUAUUUGUUAAUUUUUGGUGGUUGAUGGUUUAGGACUAUAUACUAUUCAUGAAUAAUGUAUGGUUUAGAUUGAAUUCAAAGUACCCUUUAUA